UGUGUGUGUGUGUGUGUGUGUGUGUGUGUGUGUGUGUGUGUGUGGGAGAGAGAACAAGAGAGUCAUUAGUUUGCCAGUGGCCAGUAUGGGGGAUCUUAUAACGAGCACAUAGCAGAAUCUAAGGAGGAUUCUGAUGAACAGACCACAAAGCAGCCCACAAACACUCCAAACUGUGAUGUCUGUCCGAAUCUGCAGAGGUCCAUGCGCCGUGUGUGUAUUUGUCUGUGUGUCCUGGUUGCCUUGUUAACAAAUUCUAACUUUUGAUUGUCAAAGGGGCUUUCCAUUGCUAGUCCCAAUAAAAAUUGGAAAAAUGUCCUGGAAAGAAAAACUUUUUUGAUGGUUAUAUGGAGCCUUUCAGCUUGUUAUUCGUAUGCUGACACAUUGUUAUAGGUGUUUAUGUUAAUUAACAGAUAUUAAUGUGUGAUUUUUGUUAUACUGGAUGGGGAAAAGUAUCAUUGGUAGCAGAUGGCUUUAUGUUUCAAGCUGCCAGCUGGUAACUGGAGGCUUUCUGCUUUUAGUCCCAAUAGAGUCAUUAAAUGAGCAGCAUCCAUGUGUUUGUUGGUGUGCAUGCAUUUGUUUGUGCAGACGAGCGUGUGUGACUACAUCCAUAGUCAAAUUCUCUGCAGCUGAAUUGAAUCCCUCUCUGUCAGUCAAUUAAAUUUAAAAGUCGAAGCGAUUAGCCAUUAUGAACAUGUAAGAGUGUGCCAGUGUGUGUGUGUGUGUGUGAAGCAGAGAAGUGUUGGAGCAACAGCUGCUGUCUUUUGCAUCUUUGUGCUUAGCAGACACACAGCAGAGAGAAUGACAGCUUAUAUAAAAGUCUCGAUUUGUGACUCGCUUAGGAAACGUCUUUCACUGUAUUUUUGACAGGGUGUCACCGCCUCACUGUACACGGAGCCAAACUAAAGCCAACCAAAAUGCUCUAGCAAAAUGCUCAGAAAGAAGGCAGAGUCUCCAAUGAAAAAUAACAGGCUUUUUGAAGGCUCGUUGAGCAACGUAUCCAGUAAUGUCAACUUCAGUUGUGACAGCAGCAGCACCAAUGGCUCAUGUGCAGCAGUUGAGGUGGACGGUGACAGCCCGCAAAAGACAGUGGAGAUGGUCUUCAUUGCACUGGUUACAGGAUCUCUCAGUUUUGUCACCGUUGUGGGUAACAUCCUCGUCAUGCUCUCAAUCAAGGUCAAUAGACACCUACAGACUGUCAACAACUACUUCCUUUUCAGCCUGGCCUGUGCAGAUCUCAUCAUCGGUGUGUUCUCCAUGAACCUUUACACCGUCUACAUCAUCAAGGGCUACUGGCCUCUCGGCCCUGUUGUGUGUGACCUGUGGCUCGCACUGGAUUAUGUGGUCAGCAAUGCUUCUGUCAUGAACCUGUUAAUCAUCAGCUUUGACCGAUACUUCUGUGUGACCAAACCCCUGAGUUACCCCACACGCAGAACCACCAAGAUGGCUGGCCUCAUGAUUGCCUCCGCCUGGAUCCUGUCUUUCAUCCUGUGGGCUCCCGCUAUCCUGUUCUGGCAGUUCAUUGUCGGAGCACGGACCGUAGCACCUGGUGAAUGUUACAUCCAGUUCCUUUCCAACCCCGCGGUCACGUUCGGCACGGCCAUCGCUGCGUUCUACCUGCCAGUGGUCAUCAUGACGGUGCUUUAUGUGCACAUCUCUCUGGCCAGCCGCAGCCGUGUGUCCAAGCAGAACCCUGAGGUAAAAAAGGAGAAGAAAGGCCCGAAAUCUAGUGGUCUCCUCAAGAGUCACAUCUUGAAGCAGAACAACAACAAUCAGUCUCCUCCUAAACCUAGCCUGGAUACCUGUUCUACAGUGGACACCAUGAAGAACGGUAAACUAGACGAGUCUGUGGUGUCCACUAAAGCAGACUCCUGCGUGCAGCCAGAGGAAAAGGAGAGCUCGAAUGAAUCCAGCACAGCCACCAUAGCCCCUAAAGAGACUAAAGAACGAGCGAACAGUGAGGCGACUUCUGAGGCCGGCUUGACACCUGCGCCCACAGCCGCACCUAAACUCAACCCUCAAUCUAAAUGGUCCAAGAUCAAAAUCGUCACCAAACAAGCGGGAGACGAGUGCAUCACAGCCAUCGAGAUCGUCCCACCAAACAGCGAGAGGCGCUCCAUCCCUGUGAACCGUCCCCGCAAGGUGGCGCGCAAGUUUGCCAGCAUCGCCCGCAGCCAGGUGAAGAGGAAAAGGCAGAUGGCGGCACGAGAGAAGAAAGUGACAAAGACAAUCUUUGCCAUCCUGCUGGCCUUCAUUAUCACAUGGACGCCGUACAAUGUGAUGGUUUUAAUCAGCACGUUCUGCCAGUCGUGCGUUCCAGACACAGUCUGGGCCAUUGGCUAUUGGCUCUGCUACGUCAACAGCACCAUCAACCCCGCUUGCUAUGCACUCUGUAACGCCACCUUCAAAAAGACCUUCAAAAACCUGCUCAUGUGCCAGUAUAAGAACAUCGGCACCAGAUGAACGAAGGGAAGAAGCAGCCAGCGAAGAUGGAGAUAUGAUAUGGAAGGUACAAAGGCUGUCCCAACACUGUGCAGUAAAUUGUGAGGCUUCAUAGUCCUAUAAUGCUGAAACAGUGUGUCAUAACCAAAAGUUUAUGUAUUAAGGAAUCAAUGUUUACAAUAGGGUGAUGGAGCAAUGGACAAGAGACUGAAUCACUGAAGAAAUCAAGCUGAGGUCAUGAAACAAAUCAAAUCUGAUCAUUGCUCUACUGCUAAGACCACUGGAAUUUUGCACUAGAGUAAUGUGAAGAUCAAGACAAAGACUAUGCUUUAGUGGCUCAUUUUGCCAAAAGUGAAGAGACAGAAUCACAGCAAAUACAAACCAAAAGGGACUUGGCGAAUAAUAGGAUUUUAUUGAUUCAUUUAUAUUCCUAGUAUAGCACAAAUGUUAUCGAUCAAGUCCUUUUGGUUAGUAUUAACACUGGUUCUAAUCCAGACUUCGGUGACAGGAGGCACAUUCAUCGUACAGAGGUGAAGAAGAUGUGAUUGGAGAACAUUCCACAGCCAAAACCCAUAACAUAUGGAAAAAUUACCAUUAACAUGUGGAAUAGCUUCCUUUUUGACUGUCCCUGAAAGCAUGAUGAUCCCAAAUGAGAUUCAGUUUCCUGUAACUGCACCUUCCGCAUUCCAAAUGAAGGAAGUCAUGCUGGAGCUGCUUGCUGACCACAACAGCUGUGUAUUCCAUUACAUUCAUAGGGACAAUUUCAGGCCAUGUGGUUCAGCCUGGGAGAAGUUAGUCAUCAUUAUCCUCUGAGCAUGAUCCUCUUGAGGUUCUGAAAUAGGUCAAAAUUGAAAAGGUUCUCCUCAUUGGAUUGGGAUAGGCAUUAUAGACUUUAAAUGGGAUGAGACACUCUAUACUGAGCUGAGAAAUGUAACUGUAAGGGUUUGAUCUUACAGAGGUGUGUAAAUAUGUUUAGUUGUGAUGAAUAUAUGCUCUUGAAAGUAUUAUUUCUUCCCUGCAUUUAAUGUAUGGAUGUUUGUGUUCCUCUUGUAUUUAGUUGGUGAUCUUCAUGUGAUUUUACAGAUUAAAUAUUAAACGUAUUGUUGUCUGUAUGCAAAACUGUUGAAACCAUUUAUAAUUUGUGAUAUACUUGGAAAAAAACAGGAGAUGAUUAGUACAUUUAUUUAACCUGUUUAUAAGAUGUUCGAUUUCAAGCAUUUCAUUUAAAUCGGUGCACAAAGGACUGUCCGUAAAUUAGAGAAAUGGAAAAUUGGUUUUAUUCCCCCCGUAAACCACAAUGUUGACUUAGUAGACAUCCGCUUCAUGAUAUUGUUUUCUCAUGGUGCAAUAUAGUUUUGCCUAGUUUCUAUUUAAAUACACAGUUUGUAACUGAUGAAACCGCAGCAUGUAAACCAGCAGGAAUGAUCUCCCACAGUUUGUUUGAGAACAUGUGGUCAGAAUUAGCCGAGAGGGAGAAAUGUGUUGAUGUUUUUGGGCUCAUGAUGUUACAUCAUUAACAAGCUGCCAGUUUCAGCAAUUACAGACUUUAAAGCAUUAAACCAAAGAGGUUGUGGCGCUCUGGUCUGUUAAAAGGCCUGGUCUGGAAGAGAUUAUUCAGUCUUUAGCAUAAUUUUAAGAUGCAGAGGCUUGCCUUUCUAACAUCUUGGGUUUGGUUUCAUGUUUCUACCUCAUAAUCAAAUUUCCAUUCAUAGCAUCUGUAUCUCCAAACCAGCUCUGAAUCUCUUUUUAAUGAGUGGUAAAGGCAGACUAAGUGACUAUUAUACCAUUGAAGAAGAAUUUAAAACCAGAUUUCCAUUUUUUUCCUGAAUGUUUUCAAUUUGCCAGUUGCUUUGGUCUUCUUCUGAUACAUGGACUAUGCUGAAGUAGGUUGUUCACUACAUAUCUUAGUCAUUCAAAGACGUGCUUUUAUAAAUGUAUGCCCAACUGUGAUCCAACUCUAAGAAGACUUUACAUUGGAAUAUCAGUAUCUCUAAGAGAGUUAUGAAACUGUAACUCCUUUUGUAACAGUACUAAAGAAAUUCAAUCAUGCAAUCUGAUCAGUUAUUAAAUAUUGUCCUUCUGCAAUUCUGCAAAUAGCAUCUAUUAGAUGACCAAUACAGCAAAAUGACUUUGCCCAUCAUGCUCUCUUUCCUUUGGCCACUUCAAAUGUUUAUCAAAUGUAAAUCGUAUAGGGAUUAAUAAAGACAUCCCCCAUUUAGCUGUACCAGCUGAAGGGCAAAGCCAAUGAUUAUUACCCCAGUGAAGCUGAUGGAAUGAGCACACUGUAAUUGUUGACUUAUCUACCUUAAAGAGCCAGUGUAUAUAAGAGUGUGUGGUUCUUUUUCUAUUGCAUUAAGCUUAAUAAAGCUCUUAAGCGUACUGACCAGGA